GCCAUUGCCACGAGCGAGCGCUUGUUUGCAUCUUCUUCCUGAUCAACCCUCUCACCUCCUCACUUCUUCCGCAUACGCAUAUGCAAUGAGCGUCGACGACCCAACAACAAAGCUCCUGACGCUCCUCAACGUCUCGGCAACCAAGCCUGGAAAGAGGAAGCGCAGUGGGCAGGCAGUGCGGAGCGCUCCGCUGGGCGGCAAGCGCUCGGACAAGGUCAAUGAUCGUGUCUACGAGGCGGCAGCCGUUGUUGCUGCGUCGAAGAAGGGCGUCGAGAAAGCAACGGAAACAGCUCAGCAUGCUGUGGUGCCAUCGUCAUCCUCGACUGCGGCGAUUGCUGCCGCCCCCGACUCGGACGAUGAAGGGACUGGUGCUGCAUCCUCAUCAUCACAGCCAAGCGACGCUUUCUCGGUUCACUUUGCCUCAGAGGGACCUGGCAGCCACGCUGCUCUUCUUGCAGAUCUUGCCCUCCCUGGCAGUCAAUGGGAGCCAAAAGUUGUCGAGUCUGGCAGCAGCGACCUAGGCAAGGUGGUCCACUUCUCGCAUGUCACAGCCAAGGGCGCAAAGGGCAAAGAAGUUGCUGGCGGCCCUCAUGCCAACGUCCUAGCCAGCUGGGAUACUCUGCGCAAGUCUGAGCCGCCGACAACCUUCCAACAAAAGCUCAUGUCACGCCUAUCUACCUACGAAGACUUUUACCACUCCUCCCUCCCCAUCGCCGACCGAGCCUCCGCUCGCGAGACGAUCGCCUGCCACGCUGUUAGCCACGCCAUCAAGACUCGACGUCGCAUCCUCAAGAACAAUGAGCGUCUAGCACAUGCCGCCGCCGCUGCAUCCAGCGAGGACGUCGAGGUCCCACGCGACCAAGGCUUCACGCGACCAAAGGUCCUCAUCCUGGCCCCGAUGCGCAACAGUGCCCUCGAGUGGGUCCGCCUCCUGGAGCGCCUCUCUGGCUGCCCCCAGGUGGACAACAAGGGGCGUCUGGAGAAGGAGUUCAACCUGCCGCAGGGAGCGGUGGACAAGCUCACGCAACCUGAGGCGCGCGAUCGCUAUCCCUCGGACCAUCUCGAGACUUUCAGGGGCAACAUUGAUGACAACUUCCUUCUGGGCGUCAAGCUCACCCGCAAGAGCUUGAAGCUCUUCUCCGCCUUCUACGAGAGCGAUUUCAUCGUUGCCAGCCCGCUAGCUUUGCGCUUGGCGAUCGAAAAAGACAGGGACAACGACUUUCUGUCUUCGAUUGAGGUGCUGAUCACAGACCAGAUGGAUGUCCUCGCAAUGCAGAACUGGGACCAUCUGCAAUUCGUCAUGAAUAACCUCAACAACUUGCCCAAGGAGUCGCACGAUACGGACUUUUCUCGCGUCAAGCAGUGGUACCUCGAUGGGCAGGCGGGGCAGAUGCGCCAGUCUAUAUUGCUCUCCUCCUACGACAGUCCGGAAAUGCGCAGUCUCUUCUCCUCAAAGUUGGCAAACGUGGCCGGCAAGUCCCGCACCAUCUCAGAGCCCUCCGGCGUGAUGAAUCAAGUGAGGGAAGGGAUCCGCCAGACCUUCACGCGAAUCGAAUGCGCAAAUCUCCAAGCAGAGCACGAUGUUCGUUUCAACUACUUCACGCAGAAGACCCUGCCCAAGCUCCUCAAGUCUGCCCUAUCCGCAAGCAAGACGCUCCUCUUUGUGCCUUCGUACUUCGACUUCGUCCGCCUCACAGACUACAUGACACAGGAGGGGAUGAGCUUCGCCAGCCUGUCAGAGUACAGCGAGGGAAAAGAGAUCGCGAGGGCGAGGCAACAAUUUGUGGCCGGGAAGAAGAACUUCUUGGUGGUGACAGAGCGCUUCCACUUCUACAGGCGAUACGUACUUAGGGGGCCGCAGACGGUCGUCUUCUAUGGGCUGCCGGAACACAAGGAGUAUUUCGUUGAAGCGCUGGCUUUCCCCUUCGCGACUUCGACUUCAUUAGUGGAAGCUUUGGAUCUGCGCCCUUCGAGCAAGAAGGUCAAGAGGAGUGAGGGCGAGGAUGGACAGGAGGAAGAGCUGGAGCUGGACCCGUCGGACGUAAGCGUCGUGGCGCAGUACACGCGCUAUGAUCUGUUGAGGUUGCAGCGUAUCGUUGGCGUGGAGCUGGCAAGGAGGAUGGUGGAAGAGUCUAGGACUACUUGGCGCUUCACAUGAUGAGCGAGCAUGAUGAGCGAGCAAGCAAUAGAAUGAAAGCAUCGCUCCCUC